AUGAAAAAUAAUUUGAAUCUAUAUGCACUAUUUGCAAUGUAAAAAAUAUUAUAUAUAAUGAAUCUAUCAGAUUCCUUGGAGUGAUCCUCUUAUUUAAUAGAAGGAAAAAUGAAAUUACAUCAACUUAUUUAGGUUAUGCAUUAAUCAUUGGUGGAUUUAGGUACAAUAUAUUAUAUAUUAUUAGUUGGUUUGCUUACUCUUCAAAAGCAUUACUUCUAUUGAUGGUAUUACAACUAUUUAUAUUUUAGUAUCAAAAAUUUAUUUAAGAAGAAGUUAAUAUCCAGAUUCAAUAAUAAACUAAAUAAAUUUAGAAAAAUUAAUCAAAGAAAAAAUAAUAAAUUAAGAAUGAGAAUUUAACUAAGAAUCCAUCAUAAUAAUAUUCAACAACUUAAGAAGCUGAGAUAUCUUAUUAAUAGAAAGAAUAUUAACAAUAAAAGGAAAUCAAGAAGGAAACUCAAAAAGUAGUAGAUUAAGAAAAAUAAACUAAACCAAAAUAAGAGGAUGGACAAUAACAGAAAGUCAAAAAUGUUAAUAAUUCUUAAAUAUAAUCAUAAUAAUAGAGUUAAGUUAAGAAAGAGAAGAAAUAAUAGUAGAUUAAAUAACCAUUAUUAUAAUAAUAAGAAAAUGAUGAUAAUGAUGAUGAAUGGGUUGAAGUUGGAAACAAAAAGAAAUAAUUGAAUCGUCCAUAAAAAAAGGAAGAAGAGAUAUCAAUAUAACAAUAAAGUAAAAUCAUAUUAUCAUUUAGAUCAAUAACCAUAAAAGAAUCAAGUGAUUUAAUAAUAAUAGAUUAAACCAUAAAUCUAAACUAAUAAAUAAGAUCCUCAUAAAGUUGAGUUAAUUGAAUCUAAUAAGACUUAAAAUAAAAAAGAGAAAAAAUAAAAAUAAAAGAUUGAAGAACCAGUUGAGGAAGAUGAUGAUGAAUGGAUUUCUGUUGAAGUCAAAUAAAAAAAGAAAAAUGUUAAGGCUGAUGUUGAAUAAAUUACUGAUAAUACUUAAUAGAAGAGUAGAGGAUUGUUUACAAAGGAAGAAUAAAAAAAAUUGAAAGAUGAUGCCAAUUUAAUAGAAGAGACACAUAGAAAGAGAAUUUAAUUAAUUGAUGAUUAACAUCAUUUUAAAUAAAUCUCUAGAUUAACAUAAUAUGAAAUAAAAAAUGCUGAUUAAAUACUCAAUAAUUAGAAUUAAGUGCUUGUACCAAAAAUUGAAUUAAAAAUUCCUGAUAUAUAACCUAAAAAUUAUACUAGAGAAGAAAUAGAUAAAUUAGUAUAAGCUAAAAUGCCUAAACCUAAAAAUAUUGUAUCUAAUGAUGUGUUUAUUGAAAAAUCUGAACCUAUUUAAGCAUAACCAAAAAAAAAUUAAUAAGUUGAUAAUAAAGUCUUGAAAUCAAAAUUCACUCUAUUUAAGCCAGCAUAAUUGGAAUAAAAAUAGAAGGAAUAAAUUAUAUAUACAGAUCCAUCAAUCAGUUUCAUUAUUAAUAAGGAUAAAUAAAAAUCAUUCUUCUCUGAUCAAAUAGAGUUAACUACUAAUACAUCUGGAAAAGAAUUGUUUGGAAGAGUUAAAAGAUAUAGAAGACCUAUUUAAGUUAAGAAUAAAUCAGAUACAAAGCAAAAUAAGAAUGAUUUGGUUAAUUAAUAAUUUAUAGCAGAUAAUAAUGAUAACUUUGAACCUAUACUUUAGGAUUAAGUUAAAGUAAUAUUACCUGGAUAUCAAACAUUGGAUAUAGAAGGAAGAAAUAAAUUAAUAAGAGAUUCGGUGCCAGUAUUAUAUAGAUAAGAUUUUGAAAAUGAGAAUAUUUUAGAAGAGGAAACAGUGACUUUAAUUUUAGGUGGAAGUUAAGAAAUUAUUCAUUAAGAAUACAUUUAGCUUUUAAAUAGGUUUAGAGAACUUAGAAGAAAGAGUUUACAGGAAAGAAAAUAUGAGGAAUAUAUUAAUUUAAUAAAGUAAAUGGAUGAAGACAUUUAUUAAUUAUCAUAGAAGGGGAUUCAUAUUAUUAUAUAAAGUUUAAAUAUAGUAGAGGAGGAUUAUCAAAAGGCUUUUUUAUUUUAUUCUUAGUAACCAGAAUUUGUUUCACAAUUAGCAUUCUUUUAGUAGAAUCUUAAAGAUAUCUUACCUGCAAAAUUUCAACUUAAUAAAUAAUAGGGAAUUGAAUUGAUUAAAUAUAAGAUUAAUAUAAUUGAACAUCAUGAAAGUAAUUAAUAAUUUAGUUCGGUUAUGAAAUUAUUUAAUAGUUAAUAAGAUAGUAAUAAUAUAGAAAUCAUGCCAAUUCUCUUGAAUUCAUUAAUCGAUGAUAUUAUUUAUUAGAAGUUUGGUUAUGAGGAGGAAGAUAAGAUUCGAUUUAUGAGUAUAUUUAAAUUCUUAUUAUUAUUAGAAUUAUUCAAUUAGGAUUAGGAGAUUAGAGAACUUUAAUUGAAAUUAGAUGAUUUGGUGGAAAACCUUUAAGGAGUGAAAUAAAGUUGAG